AUGCCUACGAUAUCUAUAACCGCCAUAUCAGACCCCGUCUGUCCCUGGUGUUUCAUCGGUGCCCUCCGCCUCUCCCGCGCCAUAACCCUCUAUCUCAAAACUGUCUCGUCCAGCGACACCAUCGCCACAAAAUGGCACGCCUACCAACUCAACCCCAACACCCCGACGCAGCCCCUUGUCUCUAAGAUAGCCUCGCAAUGGGGAGCUGAUCAAGUCCCCUCCGUGAAAGCUCGGCUGAAUGGUAUUGCCAGGAGGGAAGGGCUGGAGUUCAACUUUGACUCGGUGAUUGGGAAUACGAGAGAUGCGCAUCGCUUGGAAAAGCUGGGUAGGAAGGUUGGCUGUGAGAUGGAGGUUGCGCUGGAGAUUAUGAGGAUGUAUUUCUUGGAGGGAGGAGAUGUCACUAGUAAGGAGGAUUUGGCUGGUGCGGCGGAAAGGGCGGGUGUUGAUAGAAAUAUAGCGAGGGAGUGGUUGGAGGGGGAUGAUGGUGGUGAGGAGGUUGACGCUGAGGUUUUGGAGAUGCAGAGGAUAGGCGUAAAGGGUGUGCCGCGGUAUAUAAUCAACGGAGAGUUUACUGUGGAUGGUGCUGAAGAUGUCGGGGACAUUUUGGAAAAGCUUGUUCUGGCGCGCGAUGAGGCUGCUGAAGAACCAGUAGCCUUGUAG